AUGAACGCCCAUCCCUGGUCCUGGCUGUCUACUGCCUUUCGAGUGGAUUUUUACCACAUUUUGGCCAUAAUGCCAGACUUCUUUGACGGUUGUGAUUAUCCCUCUCGCGAGUUCCGUGACCGCCGAAUGAGAAAGCGAUUCGCUCGCCUUUCUUCUUCCUCCUCCCCUCGUUUGGGCUCGAAAUCUGGUCCGAUCAGGCGUCAGAUCGCGUCUCCAUGCAAAUAUAGAGAACACAGUAUGCUGGUACAUUGUUAUCUGAUGAUAUUUGCCUCAGCGGGCGGGACAGAUGAAAGUAUAUUGCGGAUUUAUCGCUAUGGCAGGACGAUGUGCCAAGUGUUUCUACACUCAAAUGAACAGCAACAAUGUAAGAGUGUCUGUCUUCCGGAUUCCAACGAGACCAUUUUCCAGAUCCCCUCCGCCAACCCUCUAAAGCGAAUUAAAUGGCGUGACAGCAUGAAUCAUUUAAAGGAAGUCUUCGAGACCCGGGCUACGCUUCAUGCUCGAUUCUAUCGGUUAUCGCUACACCGCCAAGAAGAACAGUUCAUACUCUUUCCAAGGCCAAUGAAAUGUCUCCGAGAAGUCUCGGACGGCAUUCGGCCUCUACCUCGAGACUAUUCUGACUUAAUGGGGUGCAUGAUGGAGGGAUCUGAACACCGAAAGACAGAUGGUCUGAAAAACAUACUUCCAAGAAGCCAAAUUAUCCCUACGCAAAGGUCUACAGAGUUUUUGUUUCCAUUUUCCAGUGAAAGGGGUAGAGAGCCCGAUCCGACCAUACGGGCAAAAUGUUCAGAGAAAUCCGCCUACCAUCUGAUCCGUGUACAGAAGGUUGUUGAGGUACAUGACCCACCAGUUCUGCCGGCAGUUAUAUGCGUCCGGCACCAAGGCGAUAUCCUGCGGGUAGAAGGGGCCCUCGCCCAGGAAAGGCAGCAGAGCUGUAUAGGACAGCUCGACCAUGAGAAAGGGUAG